UUCUGUCAAGCUACUUAAGCUGCCUACAGUGGAUUAAUUAAAUUUAAAAUUAAUUUUUUUAAUUUCUUUAAAAUUCCUAACCUUAUAUCCACGUAAUUACGUGGAUUUGGUGCGAAUAGACACAGCGUAGUAAAAAUUCCGGUAAGAAUGGAUACAAGGAUUAGCGAGAUCUUCACUGCAGUGCAGAGGGACAAGACCUGUCAUCAAAACUACAUUAAAAAAUUAAGGAAAAUCUAUGACAAGGUGACCUUGGAUCAGUUUUCGGAGGAAUUCCUUUCUAACCUCAGAAUACCAAUGACUUACAUGGAAAAACAACCGAGCGUUGAAAACACUCUUUGGUUCGCCGCUAAAUUUGCCAUUAGUCUUCAACCACAAAGUGAAAGUGAAGAAGAGUAUGAGGAAAUGUGUCCCUUCCUCGAAAAAAUAUUUGAGUUUCUCCUAGACAGCCACAAUGCCAAAGAUGUUGCAGUAAGGUUUCGCAUAUGUUAUUUCCUCAACAUGGUAUUGGACACAAUGGGGGACAAUGCGACCAUAGAUGACGAAUUGUGUAACAAGAUUUUACAGUGUAUGAUGGAGAGAAUAUUGGAUAAAUCUCCCAAAGUCAGAGCUCAAGCUGCUAUAGCUCUGCACAGGUUGCAGGAACCAAAUAACAAGUCUUGUCCUGUCAUCAACGUUUAUUUAUUUCACUUGGCCAAGGAUCCCAGUGCCGAAGUGAGAAGAGUAAUUUUGGCUAAAAUGGCCAAAAACAAAAUGACCUUGCAUGCAGCUAUCAAGAGGACCAGAGAUAUUGAUGACUCUGUGCGCAAGAUGGCUUACUUAUUUAUUAGUAAAAUUACUGUCAAAUCACUGACUAUAUCCCAGAGAGAGCAGUUGAUCAAUAAUGGCUUGCAAGAUAGAUCUGAGCUGAUCAAGAAGUGCGUCAGACAAGUAUUGAUACCUUCUUGGCUACGAUACUACGACCAAAAUUUCAUCAGUUUCAUUAAAGCCAUCGAUGCUGAACAAUCUGCUGAAACCGCAACAUUAGCUUUACAGUGUUUAUUCAAAAAUGUAGAAAUUGGAACAUUAAUUGAACAAUUGCCUAUAGAUGCCACAAAAUUUAUUCCAGUUGAACAAAUUAGCAGUGAAGCUAUCUUAUAUUGGCGUUGUUUAGCUGAAUAUUUUAAAAGUGAAAAUUUCUCAGAUGAAUUCGAACGAAUUAUGCCAGAGCUGUCACCAUUUUGUGCCUAUAUUAAAAGUUUUAUGAAUCUUAUUGAUAACAGAUCAAGGAAAGAUUACGAGCAAAUAUCGCAGCAAUUCAUUUUGCUUCAAUUAUUUGAAAUGGUUAAAUUGCACGACUUGGCUGAUGAAAUGGGUAGAAGAAAUUUAAAAGAAUUGAUUUUAGAAACAUUACAAUCGUACGAUUGUUCAGAAACGAUUACUAAAUGCGUAGUAGAAUAUUUUGAAAGCGUGGUACCAGAUGUAAAUGAAAGAGUUGCUCUUCUUGUAGAGGCAAUCAAUGAAAUAAGAAUGCCAACUAAAAAUAAUGUAGAAGUUCCAUUGAUUCCAGUAUAUACGGAAGACGAAAGGCGUGAGCGCAAAUUUAAAAAAGCCAAGUUACGCGUUAAAUUAUUGGAAUACGAAGAUGAAGAGUAUUCUGCCAUUCAGAAAAAAGAUUAUCAACUGGCAGAACAAAUUAAACAAAAAAUGGAUGUCUUAAAGGAACAACUUAUUGCGUUAGAUAUGUCUGAAGAACCUGAACCCAGAGACUGUUUACCCACAGAGUCACAAGCUGUUAGCGAAGAGAAAAAUGAUCCAGAGACGAUAAUCCGGUGUUUACAAAUAAUGUACUUUAUGAUGCAAUCCAAGACGAUAGUAGUACUAUCACCAACAUUGAGAACGUUGAUGGAAAGCAUUACUCUACCAUACAUUAAUCUUCAAAAUACUCAUAUCAAAGUCCUCAGCUUGGCUUUGGAGUGUGUUGGUCUGUGCUGCCAUGUAGAUAAAGAUCUUGCCAAAAAAUAUCUUAUGAUGUAUUUUCUUUACAUUACCGAGUCGGCUGAUGAAAAUGUAUGGAUAGCUGCUACCGAAGUGAUUUUUGACUUAUUAUUAAAGUACGGUUUUGAACAUUUUGAAAUCACGCAAGAGGGUACAAAUAACAUACAAGACACUAGCAAAAAAAGUAAAUCCGUCCGGUUGUAUUCUCACAAUGACGAAGACACUAAUGUUAACGACAAGAAUAUGCAUGCAGAUGGUAGUCAUAACGUCAUUAAAGCCUUAAUUGCCUUAUUAGACAAUCAGGUACAGAAUCUUCAAUCUGUUGCUGCAGAAGGCCUGUGCAAACUUAUCUUACACAAAAAAAUAGUUAGUCAUCAAUUGAUUUCUCAAUUAUUGAUUUUAUGGCACAAUCCUAGCACCAAAGACAAUCCAUUCUUAAGUCAAUGCAUAUGCGGUUUCUUUAAUCUUUACAUCAGUAGAAUACCAGAAAGUCAGGCUAUAUUGGAAGAAGCAUACCUUCCAACACUGAAGAUGUUGGCUAAUGCCCCAGAAAUGAGUCCACUACAAGAAAUCGAUGCACUUCGAGUUAGUGAAAUCAUAAUAAAGCUCACGUGUUGCCAUAUUCACAAUAACUACAGUACCCACAAUCAGCUCACAUAUACAAUAUUAAGUGAAAUUCUGAAUCCUGAAACUGAAAUCGAGUUGGAUGUGCUUAUAAAAUCUCUAAAGUGUUUAGAUGUGCAAUUAGAUGGUCAAAAUUUAAAAAACGAUAUCUUAAAAGCAUUGGAUGACGUUGAAAAUCUGUUGAAUGCAUCUGGAGAGAAACGAUUACUCAACUACAUUAAUAUAUUCAGAGCAAAAGUUACAGCUCCAUCCGAAACUUUACAGGGUGACAAUACAGCUAAUCCAGACAACCAUCUCGAGGACAAAGAAAACGAAGACGACACCGAUAGAAAUGACGAGAUAGAACAGGAAGGGAACGAAGAUGAAGAGAUGGAAGAGGGAGAUUAGAAAACUAUGAGUUACAAAUUUUUUUUUUUAAUUUCUAAAUGACGUAAAACGUAACGACGACUAUAAUCAAUUUGAUGUACAGCACUAUUUCCUAGUGUAAUGUAAUUAUUUAAUUAUUUACAAGUGUUUUGUCCAUCAGUAUUUAUAUUUUAUAAUGAAACGCGACGUGU